GUUAUAGAGUUUAAUAUUAUUUAUAUAAUUUGCAUAAUUGCAAAUAGUAUUUUUGUAAUAAAAACAAAUUGUAUUAAAAUAGAAAAAUGCAAAACAAGCAUUUUACUAUUGGUCCUGAACCAAUAAAUUGAAAUAACGUAUUUACUAACGGAAACAAAUUGUAUUAAUAUAAUUAAAUGCGAAACAGAAACAUUUAAUAGUAUUCUUGAACGUAUGAACCCUGCUGAAUGUAUAUGCUUGUAUAUUAUGUAUACUAUGUAUAUGUCUGUGAAAUAUGCAUUUGGUACAAUAUUUUUUACAUUUGUUUUUCAUUUGAAAAAGGCUGUUUGUCAUUUAGCAGAUGUUUUCUUGCCCAAAGCAACCUCUAAUACAGGACAGUCUGAAAGUGACCUGGAGUGAAGGGACAUUCUCAAGAGAAUUAAAAAACAAUAUAGUCCUGAUUCACCUCAAGCUGACUGUCUCUGACACUGGUAUGAGCAGUUGAUCCAAUCAGAAAUGGCACAGCACUACAUGCAGGUAUAUUAGAGCUCUGUGGAAGAGAAGCUACCUGUCAGAAGACCAAACAGAAGCCACGUUUGAGGAUCCCACCAUAACACCACAGAAAAUGUCAAGACCUCCAUCACAGUGUUGCUGCAAGCCUCCUUACAGUAUCUGUUCCCGCCUCCAGCCAUCUCUUCAUCUCAUCAUGUUUCAUGGCCAACAUGCAAGCAAGGUUUUUAUGCAGCGCCGAUGGAAACCUCACUGCUACGAGGUGCGCCAUAGGUCAUUUCCUAUCAUUUGAGAUCUGGACCACCACUGACAUACUCAACAGACAGACUUCACCCAACUGCAGCGUGCAGGACUGUGAAAGAAAGACAGGAGUGGACAGACACUGGCUCAGAAUCCCUGCACAUUCUUCUAAACAUCUCCAUGUACAAAAGAAACUCUUUCAGAACAACUCGAGGGGCAGUAGACUUACAGCGUCGCAAGUGAAGGAAAAGAGCCAUGGGCUGUUUCCUGCUCUGUAAAGGCCCAUUUCUCCACCCUUGACGCGUCUUACCACUCCUGCCUGCUGACAGCAAGUUCUUCUUCCAUACAUCCCCAGACGCUCUCAGAAUGCACCUACUUUCCUGCCAGCAAAAGCACGGUGACAGGAGCACAGACACUUGAGGAUAUCUGCCGUUAAAAAGGAAGUAGGACCGAAAAGAAAGAACAAAUCUUUGAUUGGGAUUUUUUUUUUUAUUUUAUUGAAAUCACUUGACGUUUACUACUCCGAAACCAUCCAGCGUUUUAAGUUGGAACGGAACCCCGAGGGGCCAAAGGAAUAAGUGUCAUCCAAUCACACGAAGAUCCUUUGAUUUCAUAUCGCACAGAGAGGAUCCUAAGCGAUACCAUUCAACGGGAGAUAAUUGAACUUCCUGCCUGGCAGGCAGCUGAAAAUGGAGAACUAGAAGUUCAAGUGGCUUUUCUGGGGGAUACGUUCAAGCACCCCACCACUCAGAAUCAGAUUGCAGGCCAGUUCUGUUGGCGAUCUUCUAGCGAUCUGUGGCGUUUGGUGGUGUUUUUUUCCUCCCUUGUUCUGUCCAGUUCUGAUGAGGGAAAGACUGUUUUGUAUUAGACCUCAAUCAGAUCUCUACUUUUAGACUGACAUUCAACAGUUUUACUGUGUAGGUCUAGAAAGAAAAACAAAGAAAGAGAGAUCAUAUGGUAUGCUUUGGAUUGUCAAGGCUGUUCCCUGCAAUCUGGGGCAAAAAGGAAAAAUGUAUUACAUGCCUUAGUUUUACUAUUCAGAUUCAGGUAAAUUGAAAGACAGAAGGAGAACAAGACCAAAGAAAGUGAAAAGGGGAGGGAGGGGGCCAGAUGCCACAGAUCGUCGCCAACUACCUUUUGAUAAGUUAACCUUCUUUUUCCAUUUUCAUCUUCUUUUCAUCUUGAAAAUUAGAUUUUUUUUUAGUUCUUUUUUUUCUUCCAGAUGACCAUUAAGACUGUAAGGGAGAUCGUAACACAUUGCAGUGACUGAGAUAGGGUGGGGAAAAGGAGGGAGAAGCUUUUUUUUUUUUUCCUAGCUGAAACAGAAUGUUCUGUUGGCUUCUCAUUUUUCCAGUUUUAGGUAUUUAUCUUGUCACUCCAUCUCCGUUUUUAUCCCCCUCUCUGUGCCUCUGGGAGAGCAAAGGAGAGAAUUGAGUUAUUUCAUCUCUGCUGGAAUUUUUUUUUAUUUGCCCUCCCGACUGAUUUUUCUUCUGUACUCCUGUUUACCCCAGACAAAAUGCUGUUGUAUCUCAAGUCAAAAUCAGGAACCUGAUAGCAUUUGGCAAAAGAUUCCACAAGGAGAGCCAGGCAACGAGAACAAGAGACGGAAAUCUUCUGAAGCCUAACCUCCGAUCUUAAAAAAGCGUGAGAUCUGCUUUCGUGCUCCACCACCACCCCCCCUUUCCCAUCCAGUUUCAGAGGUGUCCUCGGAUAUUCCUUCCUCUUUUUCCCCGGAAUCUGUCAGCAUUCCCGACGGGACGCAGCCAGCUUGCAUCCGUGCCAAUCCUUUGAUAUUAGCUCCCGGUGUCGUCUGCUUCAUUCUGUGGCGGUGCAGGCAGCCAGACGACCUUUCUCCAUGAGGAGCAGUGGAAGAUGCCGGCUCUGCCAGCGCUGCUGCUGUCGAUUCACCUCCUCUUCCUCCUCCUGCUGUUGCUUCUGCUGACCAUGGCCCCGUCCUCUCACAGCCAGGCACCCACUCUCGCAGCCGUCAGGAUGGCUGCUAUUUUAGAUGAUCAGUCAGCGUGUGGACGUGGAGAGCGGUUGGCAUUGGCUCUGGCCCGAGAGAACAUCAACAGUGUGAUGGAGGGCCCGGCCCGAGCCCGUGUGGAGGUCGACAUCUUUGAGCUGCAGAGAGACUCUCAGUAUGAGACGACAGACACAAUGUGUCAGAUCCUGCCAAAGGGAGUGGUCUCUGUCAUUGGCCCUGCCUCUAGUCCUGCUUCUGGAUCCACCGUCAGUCAUAUAUGUGGGGAAAAAGAGAUCCCUCACAUCAAGAUUGGUCCAGAGGAGACUCCGCGCUUGCCAUAUCUGCGCUUUGCCUCAGUGACGCUGUAUCCUAGCAACGAGGACUUAAGCUUGGCCAUCGGUGCCAUCCUGCGCUCUUUCAGUUACCCGACGGCCAGCUUGAUUUGUGCCAAAGCAGAGUGCCUGCUGCGAUUGGAGGAGCUUGUGCGUCACUUCCUCAUAUCCCGGGAAACACUCUCAGUCAGAAUGCUUGAUGAAAAUUUGGACCCCACCCCCCUGCUGAAAGAAAUCCGUGAUGAUAAAGUUGCGACUAUUAUCAUUGAUGCCAAUGCAUCAGUGUCAAUACUAAUACUAAAGAAGGCCUCAGAAUUAGGCAUGACGUCAGCCUUCUACAAGUACAUCCUAACCACAAUGGAUUUCCCUCUGUUGAGGUUGGAUGAUGUGGUAGAUGAUCAGGCAAAUAUCGUUGGCUUCUCGAUGUUGAACAGCAGUCAUCCUUUCUACCUAGAGUUCAUCAGGAGUCUAAACCUGUCAUGGAGGGAAGGUUGUGAUCUCAGCCCCUAUCCUGGUCCAGCGUUGUCAUCAGCGCUGAUGUUCGAUGCAGUGCAUGUGGUGGUCGGAGCGGUGCGAGAACUGAACCGCAGUCAGGAGAUUGGAGUGAAGCCUCUGAGUUGCACGUCUUCACUUAUCUGGCAGCACGGCACCAGUCUCAUGAACUACCUGCGCAUGGUAGAGUAUGACGGCCUAACAGGCCGCGUGGAGUUUAACAGCAAAGGCCAGAGGACCAAUUACACGCUGCGUAUUCUUGAGAAAUUCAAGGGGGGUCACAAAGAGAUCGGUGUCUGGUACUCCAAUAACACGUUGGCUAUGAACUCUACAUCUUUAGACAUCAACAUGUCUGAGACCUUAGCCAACAAGACGCUCAUCGUCACCACAAUACUGGAAAAUCCAUACGUGAUGCGCAAGGCAAACUACCAGGACUUCCAGGGUAAUGAUCAGUACGAGGGAUUCUGUGUGGAUAUGCUGCGGGAGCUGGCAGACAUACUGAAGUUUUCCUUCCGGAUCAAGCUGGUGGAUGACGGGCUGUAUGGAGCUCCAGAACCUAAUGGGUCGUGGACUGGCAUGGUGGGGGAACUCAUCAACAGGAAAGCGGAUCUGGCGGUGGCUGGAUUUACCAUCACAUCAGAAAGGGAGAAGGUCAUCGAUUUCUCCAAACCUUUCAUGAACCUUGGCAUCAGUAUCUUGUACCGCGUCCACAUAGGCAGGAAGCCAGGUUAUUUCUCCUUCUUGGAUCCCUUUUCGCCAGCUGUCUGGCUAUUUAUGCUUUUAGCCUAUCUGGCCGUUAGCUGUGUGCUCUUCCUGGCUGCCAGGCUGAGCCCGUAUGAGUGGUACAACCCCUUCCCGUGUUGGCGGGACCGCAGGGACCUGCUGGAGAAUCAGUACACGCUGGGGAACAGCCUGUGGUUUCCGAUCGGUGGUUUCAUGCAGCAGGGCUCAGAGAUCAUGCCCCGGGCUCUGUCCACACGCUGUGUCAGCGGCGUUUGGUGGGCAUUCACGCUGAUCAUCAUUUCCUCCUACACGGCGAACCUCGCAGCUUUCCUGACGGUCCAGAGGAUGGAGGUGCCAAUCGAAUCUGCUGACGACUUGGCCGAUCAGACCAACAUCCAGUAUGGGACUAUUCAAGGAGGAAGUACUAUGACCUUCUUCAUGAACUCGCGCUAUCAGACGUACCAGCGCAUGUGGAAUUACAUGUACUCCAAGCAGCCCAGCGUGUUCGUGAAGAGCACGGAGGAGGGCAUAGCGCGUGUAUUAAACUCCAAGUACGCCUUUCUUCUGGAAAGCACCAUGAACGAGUACUACCGGCGCCUCAACUGCAACCUCACACAGAUUGGAGGCCUGCUGGACACCAAGGGCUACGGCAUCGGCAUGCCUCUGGGUUCACCAUUCAGAGAUGAGAUCACGUUAGGCGUACUGCAGCUGCAAGAGAACAACAGAUUAGAAAUCCUAAAGCGUCGAUGGUGGGAGGGUGGAAAGUGUCCUAAAGAAGAAGACCAUCGAGCCAAAGGUCUAGGUAUGGAGAAUAUUGGCGGGAUAUUCGUGGUGCUGAUAUGUGGACUCAUAAUAGCUGUUUUUGUAGCCAUUAUGGAAUUUGUGUGGUCCACACGCCGCUCGGCCGAGACAGAUGAGGUACGCCCUCACUCCUGCCCCGUCCGAAACCACAGACACUCACGAGUGUCAGUAUGUCAGGAAAUGAUGACUGAAUUCAGAAACGUUAUCUCCUGUAAAAAGAACUCUCGUUUGCGGCGCCGACGGCCCCUCUCGUCCCAGGGCGUCCUCCGGCACCCAGCCCGUCUCCCUUUAGGAGCUCCCCGUCAGAUGCGGCUUGUGAGGGAGAUGCGUCUCAGCAACGGCAAACUCUACAGUGGGACGGGACCGUUAACCGGCGCCGCUGCAGGACCGGGACCCGGCGGGGGCACUACCGAAAUGGGCCCGGGCCCUCAGCGACUGUUGGAAGACCCUCUCAGUGCCAGCGUCCCCAGUAGCGCACCCGCUCUGGUCCCCACGGCGGCGCCCCGCGGCUGCACACAUGUGCGGGUGUGCCAGGAGUGCCGGCGGAUCCAGAGCCUUCGCUCCACGUCAUCUUGCUCGCGCAUCUCGCCGCUGGCCUCCGCUACGUCCUCUCUCCCACGUUUGCCGCCGCCGCCCUCCUCCGCCUCCAAUACUAACACCGACAGCGAGGGAGGAGGCUCUGGCAGCCCAUGCAGGGCCAAACCCACGCCCCCUCCAAGGCCGCUGCCACCCACUAAAACUCCCUCUACUGAUCUCCUCUGCAAGCAGGACUGAGACCGAGAAUAAGGAUACUUUUGUCGGGACAAUAAUUUAAUGUAAAUGAGUGCUGGAGGACAGACGGAAAGACUCAGCCCACGCCUCCAGACAAAGUGACCUCUGGGAUACUGCAAAUAAAGGCCAUUUUUGGAUGCAAAUUUACAUUAUUGGACACUGAGUGUGAGAGAGAUGAUUCAGCCAACCGCUUGCUGUCCAAGCGUCCGGUUUUAACGCCACGUCUUGCAGCGGCGCUCAGAAAGCCAGUGAGGAUUGGCAUGCUGUUGAGACUAUGUAAUGCAUAUCCCGUGAAAGUAUGCUAUGCAACAUGUCAUAAAGGGAAACGCAGAGGAAAACUAUGAGGACAGCUGUUAGUUUUGCAUAGAAGUGCGGAUCUUCUCCACUGCUUUGUGAUGGGGGACUACGCUCCUGUGAGAGGACGAUGGAAUCUGUACCUAAAAUGUGUGCACGUUGAACUGAAAUGACUUUGGUGCAAAUACAGUUUAUUUUUUUUUGUCCUUUCUUUAAAUAAGGGGGGAGGGUUACAAUUCAUUUGUAUUCCUGAAUGUCUCUUGCUUGUUUUACUUUCUAGCUUUUUCUUUGGUUUCAUUUUUUUUUUUUUAAUAUGAUACGUUUUUUUCCCUCGUGUUAAUUUCUCUGAAGACAAAGUAUAUACAUUUUUGUAAGUUUUUUGGGGGAGUUUUUGUGGUCAGGAAUUGGUUUUCCUCUUAAACCUCUAAGAUUACUCACCUGGUUUCAGUCUCUCAUCUUCUGUCUUAAAACGCCAACCGUUAAAGGUUAAAAUCAACAUGAAAAGCGUUAAAAACCCAGUUUACUUCCAUAAUGUGGCAUAUUUCCAGAUAAAACAGGAUAUUCAAGUAGGAAUUGUUUAUCCAUCAACAAUUGAUUGGAUCUCGCAAAGUGAGCGUUCCAGAUCUGAAUAUCAUUGGAUUGUGGUGUUCAAGAUUCACCCUUGAGACCAUCUCAGCAAAUCCCAGUGGUAACACUGCUUUCCAAAUCUAUACUUAAAUCUAUACUUUAUUUGCUAUUUAACCUUCAUCAUAUUAUUGUUAACUGUCAUUGAAUUACUGUGUUAAUUAUUGGCAAGCUUUUAGAAAGGCUGCAUUACUGUACUUAAUACAGUAAUCUGUUGGUUAAUACUAAUAGCCGCACAACCUCGAUGUCAAGCGAACAGGAAAGUUAUUUCAGAAGCAAGAAAGUUACAUUUUUAGCAUUUUCCCUAACAUACACUGGUGAAUCGUUCACAAUAAGACCAGGAAUGUGUGUAAAGAAACUAAAUAGGAUCAGCUUCGAUUUCAUGUUGACUUUAACAAGCUGCCCGUCAAUAUUUGCAAUUUGCGAGGACACCAAGAAACAUUUUUCAUCCCUGGAACAAUGACAAGAACAACAACAAGACGAGACAGAAAACCCUUUGUGCACCUGAAGGGGCAUUUAUCUGAUUAUGUGAGAGGACAAUUAAUGAUGUUUUUCAUUACAGAACUAAAUGAGCCUCUAUCGUGAAUGGUUUGUUGAAGUGCACUAGAAGUUGCUGUAUGGGGGCUUGUGAAAUGCCAAUAUCCAUUUAUAUCCAAAGUGUAAACAUAGCAGCCCUGUUUAGAAUCUGCAGCAUUAUAGCAUUCGUAUGUUGGUGCUUUAUGAUUGUGUGUGAGAGUGAGUGCGUUUGUGUCAAGGGAGAUGGAAAUGUGAUAAUCAUUUUUUAAUCAAAGCUGAUUUUUUUAUUUCUCAUUAAUUUUCAAAGAUUUCUAUACCAGUGCUUGAAGAAUCACACCCACAAUGAAGAAAAUAAGGCAAAUGAUUCAGAUUAUAUUGUUAUUAAUAUUCCAAUAAAACUGUGGGGUAAUGUAGGAGGGCUGUUGCCCUCUUUCGUUAAAUAUAUAGACACAUGUUUGGAAUAAA